CUCGGCAGCCUGUUGGACACAUGAUCUGUCUCAAGUCUGAAGUCACCAGUGCCAAACUGUAACCUAAAAAAUGAUGAUGUGUUGAUCCACAGUAAUCUGCAGAGGGCAGAUAUUUCACCAAAGAAUUAUUAUAAGGGUUUGAAUCGAAUUUUAGAGUACAAAAGACAGUCUGCCCUCUUCAAGAAUGUAAAGUCUCAAAGGUUCCACAAUGUGAAGCCUUAGAAGUGAGUGGUCAGGGGUGCAGUCCAGUGUCUGAAAGUGGUUCAUUGGUCCAUUCAUCGCUGUUAGGCAAAUGUACGUCGGGUAAAAACACAUUAUAUGUCUAUUGGAUAGCCUUGUGAGAUUGAGAUGGAAAUGAGAGCGGAAAACGGUGUGAGGAGUCUGAGAAUGUUGGAGGUGCUGUUUGCCUUUCUCCUUGUCCGGACCUCCUAUACAAGUGGUCUUGAGAUGACCCUGGUCCCUGGUCAUGAAACUUUUGUCACCAUCCCGGCCAAUGAAAACUGUACUCUGAAAGUGGAAAAAACUCACAACUCAACUCGCUUUAUGGUUAUACAACUACACUCUCAAAUAGAGGAGAUAUCUUUGUCGUCCUCACCGACGUUCUCUCAUUCCACUACCAAGACUGGCUCCAGUGCCGGUCUGGUUACCAUGGUAUCGAAUGGUAAUCACAGCAUCGUCUGGUAUGUCUCUGCAAACAGCACCGAGAAUGUUACAGCUCUGGCUCAUGUUGAACUAUAUACAGUUGAUGAUCCAUUACCAGGGGGAUGCAAUCAAGUUUUCAAUAUGGAACUAGAUCCAAGUAUUCAGCUAGACUACUCUGACCACUGGACUAAAGCCUGGUUUCAGUGGUCGAAUUUCGCUACUGCUGAUGGAGAGCUGCCUUUGGACUGUGAAAGCCCAGUGCUGCAGACAGCCCUGGAGUACAAGGUGUAUGUGCUUUUCAUGGACCAGAAAAACCUGCACGCGGAUCACUUCUUCAGUAGUGUACAAAAAAUGUUGACACCUGGGCAGGUUAGCAGCAAUGGAUUUGAAGUGUUUUCAGUCACAGAUGGGCCCAAUGCUGUGUCACAGGUCAAGGUCAUAUCAAGGUCAGGUCAGGGAGCUGUCUAUGGGGUAGUUGUGACCCGCAAAGAUUUAGGGACCAACGCUGCUUACAUAACGUCUGUGACCUACGCCUGCGAUUUGAAGUCUGGGAACUGCUCUGUAGAAAGUACAGCUUUGGAGAUUGUGGUGGCUGUCGUUGCUGGUUUUCUCGGAGCCUUCCUUCUCCUGUUGGGCCAUCGAUACUUUAAAAUAUCUCAAUUGGUCUUCGCAUUCUCAUUCUUUUGCCUGCUGACAUACAUUCUCAUGUCGGUGCCGCACACAGCUUCAGAAGCAGUGAAGCUGGCCGUCUCAGCCUGUGUGGGCAUCGUGGGAGCGUGUCUGUGGCUAGGGCUGUGGUACCUUCUGGCCCUGCCCAUUCUGUCUGUGUUCCUGGUCGGGCUCUGCGCGGGUUACCUUGUGUCGGCUACCCUGUUCUUUACACCUUUUGGUAACCUGGACUGGUGGAGCACAGAGCUGAACUACUCCAUGUCCUUCACCUGUGUCCUGCUUCUGUUUACUGUCGUCCUUAUGGCCUACUCCAAAGUGUUGAACAUUUUGUCAUGCGGUAUUGUUGGUGCUUUUCUGUUGCUCAUGGUGGCAACCAUCCCGCUACGGUCAAGUCUGCUUCUGGUCUUUCUCAACUCAGUGCACCGACAAACCAUCUCGGGGCUCGUGGAUGCCAAGACAGCAGUUCCUUAUCAUACUCAAGAUAUUAUCCUUUUUACUGCCUGGCCUCUGUUGACUAUAGUGGGCGCAGUGUUCCAGACUUAUAGAGAGCGCAACCGAGAACCCUUCCCGAUUCCUCCCAGGAUUGUGCGCAAGCGUCAGCAGAUGUGGCAGUCUGCUCGUUAUCUGGUGGAGGAAGAUGAUGGUGAGGGGGAGGGCUACAGAAGAGAUGGGGCUUCGUCGGACACGGCAGAUGAGAGGAGGCCGCUCAUCACAAACACUUCUCCCGAGGCGUACGAGAGCAUACACAAGACUGGUGCGCGAAGGACUGGCCGAGAGAGGGAGAUAACCAAUUCCCCAGAUUCUGUGUCCCCACUACUGCAGUGACAUUGUGCGAGGCAAGAAGAGACAGAAAGAGAAAAACUAAACCAAGUGAACCAGAGUCGUAUUGGUAUUACGUGUGCUGAAUUUGUGGUCGACAUAAACCAACUUCUAGCACCAUUUUAUUUACCUAAUUUUAUAACCAGUUUUUCUUGUGCUAAAGUAAGUUCUCUGUAUAUAAAUAUUUAGCAAUAUUCCAGCUAAUGCGCUUUCAUCUUAUUUGCCAUGACAUUUAUGUAAAGUAAUAAAGCAAAAACCCUUACAUGGGAGUUUCUUUCUACCUGCUUGUUUGGAAGAAACUGUGUCGUGGUGAAAUGAGGGACUUGUCAAUUUUUAGGCAUGUGGAGUAUCUUAAAGCCAGUUCAUUUGACUGGUUUUUAAUGUAAAGAUACUCUUCUAUCUUGAAUGGUAGUCAAGAUAUUGGUGACUUAAGGAGAUGAGGGUCACCUGGUGUCAGGUAAAAUUUGUGCUAAAAUGGCCUCUUGAAGUUUGGUGAUUUUUCUAAGCCAUAGUGUCCUUGAAAACUGCAAAUUUACAUUUUUUAUGCCUUUGAUCUUUGUU